AUGCAACGUCGCAAGAGGGCUCACAUGGACAUUCAAGUGUAUGAAGACUGGGAGCUUGGCGCUGGCUCGAGUACUCCGUCACAGCCCCCAAUCACUGAGUCAACAACUCACCGGCAUGUCGACUAUGUGGCUCGCAAGAGGGGAAUCUCUACCAAGACCUCAUACUACAGCACUGAGGCCCUAUCUACUGUCAUCACGGACGAUCAUGGGCAUGACGAGAGCAGCACUUACGAUUCCGUGUGGGACGAAACAACGGGGCUUCAUAGGAUUGAGCACGACAGAGACGACGAUGAGGAGGUUACUUGCCUCCCGAGGACUACUCGCAAACGCACGAUGGCAGGGGAUCAACCGUUGUUAGUGUGGAUGCAUGAGCGCGAUACCUUUGUUCAGGAAUUCCUACGGUUGGAGGGACGAGCUUACCCAGAUGCUGGGUGCCCCGGCGUUCACACAGAGCUUGCCUGUGGAAAAGACGCGCUUUUCCGGUGUCCCCAAUGUUUCGACCCUCGAUUGUUCUGCCAGGACUGCAUAGUGUUGCUGCACCAGGCUCUCCCACUCCAUGUCGUCGAGAUAUGGAAUUCAAGGUUUUUUCAACGCUGCAGUCUACGAUCGCUGGGCUUGCGGUUUCAAUUGGGCCAUCCCAUUGGCGAACCCUGUCUGAACCCAAAGCCAGCAAAUAAGGACGAGUUUGUAGUCAUCUCAUCUCAUGGCAUCAUCUCCAUCAACCUCGACUACUGCGCUUGCCUGUCGGCCGCCGAUACUAGUAUUCAGCUUCUCCGGAGCCGGCUAUUCCCAGCGACCACAAUCGAGCCUCGAACUGCAGCCACCUUCGAUGUCCUGCGCCUUUUCCAGUUACUCACGUUCGGUUCCAAGGUCUCUGGCUUUGAAUUUUACCACUCACUUGCGCGACUUACAAAUAACCUCGGCCAAAUAUUACCUGACCGCUAUACCGCCUUCAUGAGAAUAGUUCGGGAAUGGCGACACAUCCGGCUUCUGAAACGUGCUGGGCGCGGACAUGAGCCGGGUGGUGUUUUGGGUACGGCUGAGGGCUCAUGCGCAGUCCUCUGCCCUGCCUGCCCUCAUCCCGGAAAAAAUCUUCCACCCAAUUGGCAGGCAGUGCCGGGACAGCAAUGGAUUUAUUCUCUUUUUCUGGCAAUCGAUGCCAACUUCCGACUCAAACGGCUUGGCGCGUCCAACGACAUUCGUGACCCUGGCCUCAACAAAGGCUACGCAUACUUUGUGGAGGAGAAAAAGUUCAAAGAAUUUCUUGAAAGCUUUGACGGUGCCCCACCUGACGAGGCGAGUACGUGUAAUAACUACGACGCCGUCAAGCUUGCCAGCAUUCGAGGGGGGAAGGGCACUACGACUAGUGGGGUCGGCACCAUCGAGUGCAGUCGCCACGACAUGAAGCGACCCCUUUCCGUGGGAGACUUGCAGAAGGGCGAACGAUACAUUAAUAUGGACUAUCUCUAUUUCUCAAGCUUGCGGAACCACGCACCUCAGGUCGUCGUAACCUCAUACGACAUCGCCUGCCAAUGGUCACGUAAUCUUCAAGCUCGCGCGGCAACCUACCCCGACUCUCUUGUUGGCGUACAGUACAACGAACUCAGCAUCAGAUACCUAGUACCGAAGUUUCACUUAUAUGCCCAUCGCGACGACUGCCAGAUCAAAUACUCAUUCAAUCUCACACCUAAGGUUGGUCGUACCGAUGGCGAAUCACCUGAACGUGGAUGGGCCGCAAUGAACCCUGUCGCGAGCAGCACCAAGGAGAUGGGUCCCGGAUCACGUCGGGACACACUGGACGAUCACUUCGGUGAUUAUAAUUGGCGUAAGGUUAUUUCAUUUCAUACUACUCUCCUCCGUAGAGCCCAAGAAGCUGUUCAGAUGCGCGCGGAGCAUGUUACGGCCUUUGUCGAAUUCUCGAAUUCCCUUCCGGCAGCAACCACUCGAAGCUUCUCCGAGCUUGUCUGGGCCUGGGAGGCCGAUCCAACGGAGACGAACCCAUAUCGAGCGACAGUAGAGACUGUCUCGCAAGCUAAAAUACGACUGGAGCUUGCAGAAGAAGAGGCCGCGACGAUUGCUCACGAAGAUGGCCUGCCCGCUCAUGACAGCGUCAGCCCUAGUGUAUUCAUUGCACAAGGCCUUGAGCUUGAGGAACAGCAAGCCCGUCUCCGAAUCGACGCCAGCGCCCUUACUGCAAAUGCGACCGAACAUCAACGGACCCUAAUAAUUGAACGUCGAAAUAGACUCGCGCGCCGCAUAGCAACCUGGCGCAGUAUCCAAGACAUCUACAUGCCCGGCGCCAUGGCACACCGGUCCACGGAGCCCGCAAGCAUUCUGGCGGAAGACGACGCACUUCGUCUUCCCUCCCAGACGCCGCUACAGAUGCCGCUACAGACCACCACCCUUGCUGACUACGAGUGGCGGCUUCGGUAUGGUCAGGCAUUCGACUCACUGGCCGAACUCCGUCGACAUUUGCUGGUGCUCAGCUCCAUGUACCAGUCCAAGGACCGAUACGUCCGAGGCCAACAGCAUAAUACCCGCAGUGUCGCCCUAGUCAAGAAAGUCCAGGCCCGCUCCAACUUCGCCGCUAGUAAAUAUCGCAGUGGCAGAGCAGCAUUACUAAUGUUAUCGCCGGCGCUCGGAAAGUCUGAUUGGCAGUCAAUACUACGUCCCUUGCUCGACAGCGACAUCCGUGGUUUGAAGGAUGGUGAAGAUGCCAGUAGCUCAGAGGGCCGCCGAACAUUGUCAUGGAUAUGGAUGGCUCAACGGACGAAUGACGCUGAGAUGACAGAGGGCAUGAACGAAGCUCUCAGGAUUGAGUGGUGCAAAGCACGUGCUAGAGCGCAACGGUGGCAAGAAGAGUGCAUGUUAUUGACUGAAGAAAUGCGUAGAGUAGUACAAUUUCAUACAUGGCAAGCGAAAGUUUGGGAGGAUCGUGCGACAGCAUCUACAAAUGAAGGUGCUCGUGCCUAUGCCUGGCGUCAGGAGAGCACACGUCAGACCCUGAUAUCUAUGUGUCAGACGACGUGGAGGCAUGUGGACAGAUAUAUGCGGACAGGAGAGGGGGCUGUUGUUCCUGGCGAGGCUUUAAUUGAGUCUUGUACACCGUCUACUACAUCAUAG